AUGGCUAAGGCAAUGGCAAGCUUGGGCACGUUCUCGUUAGUCCUCUUGCUAGCUCUAGCAAUGGCUGGGGCGGCUCCAGGGCCCAACAGCAUCAGUAACAACAAUAACAACAACAACAUCAAUAACGGCAAUGGCAACGUCAACAACAACAACAACAAUGGCAAUGGCAACGCCAACAACAACAACAACAAUGGCAAUGGCAACGCCAACAACAACAACAACAACGGCAACAGCAAUGCCAACAACAACAACAACAACGGCAACGGCAAUGUCAACAACAACAACAAUGGUGGUAACAACAACAACAACACCAACGGCAGCAAUGGCAACAACAAUGGCAAUGGGAAUGUGAACAACAACAACAACAAUGGGAACGGUAAUGUGAACAACAACAACAACAAUGGGAACGGGAACGUGAACAACAACAACAACAAUGGAAACAACAAUCAGAACAACAACAACAACAAUGGCAACAACAACCAAAACAGCAAUGGCAACAACGGCAACAACAACCAGAACAGCAAUGGCAACAAUGGCAACAACAACCAGAACAACAACAAUAAUGGCAACAAUGACACCCCGACGAACCCCCCACCACCAGCCAUGCCUCCUCCGCCGCCUACCAGCGGUGGUUCCACCCCUCCUAAUGCCCCACCAACCAACAUGCCUCCUCCGAGCAGCGGUUCCAACACACCUCCUCCUACUUGGUAUCCUCCUCCGCCUCCACCGAGCGAAGUACAAGGAGUGAAGAGAGUGAGGUGCAAGGAUAGAAAUUACCCUCAAUGCUAUGUGUUGGAGCAAAGCUGCCCCAGUGCUUGUCCAUCUACCUGUGAGGUUGAUUGUGUUACUUGCAAGCCAGUUUGCAGCUGCGACUAUCCUGGCGCGGUGUGCCAGGACCCACGCUUCAUCGGCGGCGAUGGCAUCACCUUCUACUUCCAUGGCAAGAAGAACCGCGAUUUCUGCCUUGUCUCCGAUUCCAACCUCCACAUCAACGCGCACUUCAUCGGCCGCCGAAGUGUCAACAUGGGCCGCGACUUCACCUGGGUCCAGUCCAUUGGUAUCCUCUUUGGCUCCCACAACCUCUUCGUCGGCGCCCUCAAGACCUCAGCUUGGGACGACGCCAUCGACCGCCUCUCCCUUUACCUUGACGGCACCCCCAUCACCCUCCCUCAACACGAGGGUGCCCUGUGGCACUCCGAGACCACCCCACGCAUCUCAUUCACAAGGUACCGCGACACUAAUGCUAUUGAAAUCGAAGUGGAGAAGAACUUCAAGAUCAAGGCCAUGGUUGUCCCAAUAACCCGGAAGGAUUCAUCCAUCCACAACUAUGGAAUAACCGAUGAAGAUUGCUUCGCUCACUUGGACGUGAGCUUCAAGUUCUACGCAUUGAGUGGCGACGUGAGUGGCGUCUUGGGGCAGACCUAUGCGAGGAACUACGUGAGCAGGGCCAAGAUGGGCGUGGCGAUGCCGGUGCUGGGAGGCGAGAGGGAGUUCGCAUCGUCAGGCCUUUUCACGACCGACUGUGCAGCAUCCCGGUUUAUUGGCCAGUUGGUGCCGAGGAACUCGAUUGAGAGUUUUGAGUAUGCCGAUCUGGAGUGCGCUGGCGGAGUAGAGGGCCGUGGGGUUGUCUGCAAGAGAUAACUAUGCUUAAAAUCACUCCUUGAUGUCUCAGUCUCAUUCUUGUGCAAAGUUAUAAGCACCUUCUGUUGUUAAGUUGAUACAAUAAGGUCCAGAGUCACGAAAUAUGGUGGGGUGAAUUAUGCCGUCUCUGGCCGGCUUCCAUUCUAAGUAUCUGUUCAUUUCUUUUAAUAAAGCUCUUUGCGACAA